AUGAGAGGAAUAUUGUACGUCGUUUUGUUGUUAGUUAUUGUGGUGGUAAACAGUGACACUGCAAAUAUAUUAGCAGUGUAUCCAACGCCGUCUAUCAGUCAUCAAAUAGUUUUUCGACCUUUGACUAUGGAACUUAUUAAGAGAGGUCAUAAAGUAGUUGUUUUGACAACGGAUCCGAUAUAUCAAAUAAGUGAAUCACCUGAUAAUCUUACGGAAAUCGAUGUUCAUGAUGUUUCAUAUGAUAUUUGGCGCAAAGAAUUAUAUUCAUCCAACACAAUACAAGGAAAUAAUAAUGAUAUCAUUCCACAAGUGAAAAUUUUGUUUAGUAUAACAUUAAAGUUAGUUGAAAAACAAUAUAAUCAUGAAAAAAUACAAAAAAUUUUAAAAGGAAAAUGUAAGUUCGAUCUUUUGAUUCAUGAAGCAUUUUGUUUAUCAGCUUUAAUAUUCUCCCAUAUAUUAAAGGUGCCUGUCAUUCAGAUCAGUUCAAUGGGAUCCGUUCCUGAUGUUCUCAAUAUUUUCGGUGCACCAUCUCAUCCGCUGAUGUUUCCCUAUUCAGUUCAACAGAAAAUUUACGAUUUGACAAUUAGGGAUAAAUUAAGGCAAUUGUAUAUUCAUUAUAAAUUUGACAAAAUAGCACAAGACUUCGAAAGGCAGACCGACAUUGAUUCAAAUGUACCAACGCUGGGCGAGUUGAAGAAAAAUGUUGACUUGAUGUUUUUGAACGUUUAUCCAUUUUGGGAAAUGAAUCGUCCAGCGCCACCAAAUUUUAUAUACUUGGGAGGAUUACAUCAAAAAGCUGAAAGGGAAUUACCCAAAGAUAUCAAGACAUAUCUCGAUUCCUCUACACACGGAGUGAUUUAUAUCAGUUUUGGGACUAACGUCGAUCUGGCUUUGUUGCCUCCGCAUAAAAUUCAGAUAUUAACAAAUGUCUUCUCAAAACUACCAUAUGAUAUAUUAUGGAAAUGGAACGAGAACAAAUUGCCUGGGCGCAGUAAAAACAUCAAAAUAUCAAAGUGGUUGCCGCAAGCUGACUUACUUAAGCAUCAUAAAGUCAAGCUAUUUAUUACUCAAGGAGGUUUGCAGUCGUCUGAUGAAGCUAUCACAGCUGGAGUUCCUUUGAUCGGUAUACCUAUGUUGGGAGAUCAGUGGUAUAAUGUAGAACAGUACGUACACCAUGGCAUUGGUGUGCGAGUAGAUAUGGAGACUAUUGAUGAGGAGAAAUUCAGAAAUGCUAUCAAUGAAAUACUAAGCAACAACAGCUAUCGAAGAAACAUUGUACGUUUGAAGAGGAUAAUUGACGAUCAGCCUCAGACACCGUUAGAACGAGCUGUAUGGUGGACAGAGUAUGUGAUACGACACGGUGGAGCUAAACACCUGCGCUCACCUGCUGCAAACAUUUCCUGGACAGAGUACCUGGAGCUGGAAUUAGUUUUCUAUUUAUUAACAAUUUGCAUGAUAAUAAUAGUAGCUAUAAUUUUAAUAUUGUAUAGAUUAAUCGGAGUAAAAAAGAUUAACGGGAAAUUAAAAUCAAGUUAA